CACAUGAUAAAGAAAAAUGAGAUAAAGACAUAUUUGUUUCUAAUCUAAAGAAUUGGGAGGAUUCCUCCUCAUCUCAUCUAUAUAUCUAAACCCCGUCUAAUUCUCAGAGUGGUUGACGGCAAUCGAAGAAGGAAUGGGCACGAGAGAGGUGUACGAAGAGAAACUAAGGAGCGGAAAUCUCCACCACGAUCCCACUCUCAACCCUGGCCUCGGUUCCGCUCGAUGCCCUCGCUGUCUCUCUCUCCUCAACCCUAAUUCCGAGAGAGGCGAGUGGACCAUCACUCCCGUCUUGCACGACGCCACUGCCGUCGCUGGCUCGGGGAUUGGUGGUAUGCUUAGUACAGUACAUGCUUGGAAUACAGGUUUACCUUAUCUUCAAAAAGGUCUAAAGGGACCAAAGUGGCUUCCUUUUGUUGUAGGGAUCCCUCCAUUAUUGAUAUUCUCAGGCAUAAGUGCCACGUUUGGAGGUUAUGUGCUUCCAAAGUUCACUCAACUUACUGUAACAUCCUAUUAUGCUGCCUCGAGCGCCUCACAUUAUGGAAUCUCACUUCUGACCCGACAUAUUGAAGAGAAUCACAGUUCCAAAACUCAGCAUCUCAAGAGGCUCUGAUGAUUCCUUUCGGGUGUACUUACAAGGAAAAUACAUUACCUUCCGGCAAUUUUGUUUACAUUACCGUCCCGUGGAUGGUUAGGAUUGUUAAAAUUUAAUUCAUAAUAUUUUUGUUACAGCAUACGAAAAUGCUUGUGAUGUGAAUAAUGCUUGUUUAUAUUUUACUUUUAAGCUGUCUGCUGUGAGAAGCUCAUUUACUGAACUGCAAUGUGAAGUGUUUCAGGGGAAAGCAACGAUGAAAGAAAACUAAGUUCAAGUCAACCAUUUUAA